AGCGCCAACUUGGUUUUUCUAUCAAUGGUGGUGAGUGAGCACUCGCCUGGUUGUCAAUUCGUCGCAUUGUCAAUCUUCAUUUUGGGCAGAUUCUUCCGCUCAACACGCUCGUCCUUAAACUGUACGAAACGUUUGUCAUCUUUAUCGCAAUCCUGUUUAGCGCUUUGUACAACCCAGAUGCGUGGAGGAGAAGCUUCGAGCUUUCUCACAGCUGCGAUCAAGUUUGCCUCAACACGUUUCCGAGCAUCACAUAAGAAUGCAGACCCAGUCGCAGGUGUUUGGAUGGAAAGGCAUGGUGAGAACGAGCUCCCGCGCAUCAUCCAGAUGCCUCGCGCGAGCAAGCAAGUCGAUCAAGCAGCUGUAGUGAGCCUUCCUCGGCUCCAUCUGGCAGCCAUGAGCUUGACAAAGCACAGGGGAUCCGGCUCUACGCCUUCUACCACCAUCGCAUGAAACAAGUAGAAGCUCAAAUCGAAUCUCAGGCUUCUCGAGCACAGGGUCAGCAUGACAGUCCAGCACACAACAUCGCCACGCUCUGGAAUCCGCGAGAAGAUCUUACUGCCGGUUUGGAGCUGCCCCUCUUGAGCAUACGCGCCAAGCAUUGCAGUCCAAGACACUGUGUCACGGAUCAACAAGUUGUCAAAGAGUUUCUUAGCAUCGCCUAGAUGCCCGGUUUGGGCAUACGCAGAGAUCAUCGAGUUCCAAGACUCCAAAUUGCGAUCCGGCAUUCCAGAAAAGAGUGACUUCGCCUCGAUCAGAUGCCCUCUCUGGGCAUAGCUUGCUAAAAUGGUGUUCCACGCGGUCAACGUUCUCACGGGCAUUUGGUCAAACGCAGUCUUGGCCCGUUCAAAGUGACCGUGCUUGCCAUACAUGGUCAACAGUAUGGUCCAGGAGACCGCAUUUUUACACGGACCUGGAAUAUUCUCAAACAAAGCUUUGGCAUUUGUUGUAUCUCCACUCUUUGCAAAUGCCCACAGCAAGGUCGUC